AUGAGAAACCCUUCACCAAGCUCAAAUGAGGCUGAUAUCGAUGAUGAUUCAACUGUCGACAUCAACCAGCACAAUAUCAACAACCAGCUGAAUCCCAAGUUUCAAAAUGGUGAUAGGAAAAGCAGGACUCCUUCUAAUGAUGCCGAUGGCAACAAUAGUCAGUAUCCCUCCGACUAUGUCGAUAAUGAUUUCAUGAUGGAUAACGAAUACAAUGAUUAUGAAGAGUUGCGUAAGGCAAUAAUUGUCAAGAGGAGGCUAUCUAGUAUUAAACGACCUCAUGGUCCAUAUAUCGAUGGACAACUAGCGGUGAAUAAAAACUCAAUCAUGCGAUUACCAACCGAGGUGCUAUUACAGAUAUUCCACUACUUGGAAAGAAGAGACUGGUACUUGCUUGCAACUACUUGUAGUGAGAUUGCUGAUUUGAUUAUUGAAAUGUUGUGGUUCCGUCCAAAUAUGCAAAACGACACAUCUUUUAAAAAGAUUAGGCAAGUGAUGGAAAUGAACCAUUAUAAAACACAUUGGGAUUAUCGACAAUUUAUUAAACGGUUGAAUUUGUCAUUUAUGACAAAAUUGGUUGACGAUAAGUUGCUAAGUUUGUUUGUUGGAUGCCCUAGGUUGGAAAGAUUAACUUUGGUCAAUUGUGCCAAGCUAACACGCACGCCAAUAACAAAGGUACUUCAAGGAUGCGAAAGACUACAGUCUAUUGAUUUAACGGGAGUUACCGAUAUACACGAUGAUAUUAUAAACGCAUUGGCUGAUAAUUGCCCUAGAUUACAAGGACUAUAUGCACCUGGAUGUGGCAAUGUUAGUGAACCUACAAUUAUCAAGUUGUUGAAAAGUUGCCCCAUGUUGAAGCGAUUAAAGUUCAACUCAAGCAGUAAUAUCACUGAUGCCAGUAUUCAAGUCAUGUACGAGAAUUGUAAAGCAUUAGUGGAGAUUGAUUUACAUGGUUGUGAAAACGUUACUGAUCAGUAUUUGAAAAAAAUCUUUUUGGAGUUGACUCAAUUACGUGAGUUUAGAAUUAGUAGUGCACCAGGAAUCACUGACAAAUUGUUUGAGUUGAUCCCUGAGGGACAUAUUUUGGAGAAGCUAAGAAUCAUUGAUAUAACUGGAUGUAAUGCCAUUACUGAUAGAUUGGUUGAAAAAUUGGUGGCCUGUGCUCCAAGGUUACGCAAUGUUGUGCUUAGUAAAUGUAUGCAAAUCACUGAUGCUAGUUUGCGAGCAUUGAGUAAACUAGGACGAAGUUUACAUUACAUCCAUUUGGGUCAUUGUGGAUUGAUUACUGAUUAUGGGGUAGCAGCAUUGGUUAGAUAUUGUCAUCGAAUACAGUAUAUUGAUCUAGCAUGUUGUUCACAAUUGACUGAUUGGACGUUGGUUGAACUUGCAAAUUUACCAAAAUUGAGACGAAUCGGAUUGGUUAAAUGUUCAAUGAUUACUGAUUCGGGGAUUUUGGAAUUGGUUAGACGUCGUGGUGAACAAGAUUGUCUUGAACGCGUGCAUUUAUCAUAUUGUACCAAUUUGAAUAUUGGACCCAUUUAUUUGUUACUUAAAAGUUGUCCCAAAUUGACUCAUUUAUCAUUGACAGGUAUAUCAGCUUUUUUGAGACGCGAAAUUACCCAAUAUUGUCGUGACCCACCACCCGACUUUAAUGAACAUCAAAAAUCCUUAUUUUGUGUCUUUAGUGGUCAUGGAGUUAAUCAAUUGCGUAAUUACUUGACUCAAGUUAUGGAAGAACGAACUUAUCAAAUUGAGCAAGGUGAUAUCCAUGCAUUGUUUAAUGAGAGGAGACGUAGAUUCUUGAACGGUGAACCUGAAAUCGAUGGUGCAGCUGGCGCAGCUGGCGCAGCUGGAGCUGGAGCAGGUGCAGACAGACGAGACGAAGAGGAGUUGAAUGUUUGGGAACGAAGGUUCCCUAUACCUCGAGGAGAUAAUAACAUCAACACUAACCAGGUAUUUAAUCAAGAAAUGAUUGAUAUUAACCGCGAGAUUUUUCGAGAGUUGAAUGAAGGAAAUAUGGGACCCGAGGAAAUGAGAGAGCAUUUUCAACGAUUGAUUCGUAAUCAUCAUCAACAGAGAUUGCAAGAGCAUAAUGCGAGAGCAAGAGCUCAUCAGCGACAAGGUGAAGCUGCUCCACAGCAGCAGCAACGGCACGAGCAAGAUGCACCACCUCAACCCCCUCGUCCACAACAACAACAACAACAACAACAGAAUGCAACUCCUCAGCCCAUGUUUCCACCAACUAACUUCCCCAACGAUACUCAAUUCUUUCAUCCUGCUGCAGCUAAUAAUGUCAAUGCUAAUCCGCAAAAUGCACCACAGAUUGAACAAGCUCCAAUUUUUCCUAAUCGUGCCCACCAACAACAGCCACCACCACAACAACAGGAUCAAAUUUAUCAUCAGCAGCCGCUACCUAGAUUUCGCAAUCCCCAGCAACAACAACCAUCGCAACAACAACAACAACAACAACAACAGGCGCGACCUACAGCGUAUCGAAAUCUCAACGAUACAGUAGUUAUUGAAGACCAAGAUCUUGCUGAUACAGUGGGUAUUGAAACUGGUGGUGACGGUGAGGAACAACAAGAGCAAGAACAAGAGGAGGAGGAUGAAGAUGUUGAAAUGGUUGAUGCUGUCACGGGAAUCGAGACUACUAAUGGCGAUUUGUUCCCUCGAAUGGGAUGA